AUGUCGUAUCAAACUCACCCACUGCACAGUUCGUUUUCGCUUCAGAAUGUGAACCAUUCUGGAUUGGGCGGGUCUGGGAGUGGACAACAAGGCCACACGAACGGGAACUGGGAUUGUAUCAAUCUUGGUAAUGCACACUCGCAACAAAACCACUAUGGUUGGAGUGAGCAUGCCGCUGCGCAUACGGAUGCGAAUCGUACAACGGCAUCCAAUUACGUCGAUCCGUAUAGUGCCGCUGUAAUGGGCGCGUAUCAGCAAGGAACUCAAAACGUCGUUUAUCCUUAUCAACAGCGAGGUGCUUCUUCUGAAAACUAUGCACAAAGUACUACAUCUCAGGGAGGCAUGCCCCAACAUGUAGCUGUAGACCAGAACUAUUACUACCAUCAGCAGAAUUCACAGCAACAACUUCAGCAGUCACAAACGCAAAACCAAUCUCAUACGAAACCAUCUGCUGCUCAAAGUGUUCAGCCAGUGGCAUCGCAGCAUGUUCAUCAUACUUUGGUUUCCACACGGCAGCAUGUGCAACAGUCGAGUCAUCAAUCGAAACCAGUCGAGGUAUAUAGGCUCACAUAUUAA